AUGACGGCCGACGUCCCGAACUCGCUGAACUGGCUGUCAUUCGUGACAGGGAUCCUGGGCUUUGCCCUGACGACGCUCAACUUGAUCGCUUUGUACGCCAACUUCGUCGCCACAAUCCGCGCUGCGCCUAGUGAGAUCCGCGACUCUCUGGGCAACCUUCGACAGCAACUUUGCGAAGAACGCGAGGCGCUGCGUCACCAAACGAAAGAGAUUAGGCGCAAAAGUAAAAUACGGCAGAAAAUCUCUCAAAUUGGAGACAAGAACGCCAACAUCGAGGCGCGCAGGGCGCUGGAGUAUGCAGAGAAGACACUGCCGCUGCAUUACAUGACGCUCCGCGACCUCUGGAGAACCUUCAAGGAGCUUGAAAGACCAUUCUUGGUGGCGAGCGGGCACCGGGCCGAGGCGAUCCACAAUGGAGCUUCGUGGGGCGAGGACGACCUCGACGAGAAGGUCCGCAGCGACUUUGAGAAGCAUGGGGAGAUGGGGAGUUUUGCCGACUGGAGCGCGCUGUACAAGUGUGACUUUGCGCAUCGCUUUAUUUGGUGGCAAGUCAAAGAUUCUGUGAAGAAGUUAGGAGACGAAGUCAUGAGAGUCAUGGCAAGGAGAACAGAGAGGGAGGUUACGUAUACGCGAAUGAUGGUCAGGCAGAUGUAUCUUGGUGAUACACCUGGACACGGUAGUGAUAGGGGUCCGAGACGGCCUGGAGACGGUGACGGAGGUGGAGGUGCGAGAAGGAGGAUGAGUUGGGGUUCAUCGGGACCAUCAAGGAGGACGCCACAGCCGAGGUACGAAGAGCCUUCUUCUUCCUCUGAGCAAAGCAGCGACAACGACAGCCGGACGACGAGGCGUGGUUCAGGGAAAGGAAGAGACACGAGCCCGGUCUUCAGCGAGCAUAGAAUGAGCCAUCCGAGGAGUGAUGCUGCUACGGUCGGAAAGCACCGUUACCACUCUGGUCAUCGUCGUGAUCACGGCAGAGGUGGAUGGCAAGGCUUCCGAACAAGGGCAGAUCGAGCCUACGAGAUUAGGGAGAUGCGCAGGGGCCGCGGACAGAGGAUUAUUGAGGUUAUCCCUGGGAGUGAGAUUGAUGAUUACCCCCGAGCACGGCAGCAAGACGAGGAAAAGUGA